UGUGCUUAUAUGCGGAAGUUCCAGUUCCGUUCUGUCCAGUUGACUUCGAGGCUGCGAAGAGACGGACUAAAGUCACGCUUCUCUCUGCACACCGGACCCGGCUUCACGACGCAAGGUAAAUCAUGAGCAGCAGCUACAGUGUCUCCCUCGCUGGCCCCGCCCCCUGGGGCUUCAGACUGCAGGGGGGCAAGGACUUCUGUAUGCCCCUCACCAUCUCACGGCUGACUGAUGGAGGCAAAGCAGCCAGAGCCAAGAUGAGUGUUGGCGACGUCGUUCAGUCCAUUAACGGCAUUUCCACCAAUGGCAUGAAUCACCUGGAGGCCCAGAACAAGAUCAAGGCCUGCACGGGCAACCUCAGCCUCACUCUGCAGAGUCCCUCCAGUGCCACUAAAGAUGCAGUACCUAAGGGCGAACCUCAGGAAAUCAUUAAGCCUGUCCCCAUCACUCACCCUGCCCCGAGCGCCGCGUACACCAAGCCGCCAGGUCAGCUCGGUCCCAGCUACACCAAGACCGCCCGGCCCUUUGGGGGGGACGGCAGCGCGGUCACGGCUCCCUCCCCGGCUGCCCCCGCCAUCCCCUCACAAUCCUCCGCUUUCAAGCCCGCUGCCCCCUCCCAGCCGCCGCAGCCCCCGUUUCUGCUGAAGUCGAGCCUCCCCGCCGACUCCCCUCCGGCCGGCUCGGCUCCCAGGGCCGGCCCCGCCCGCCACGCCUUCACUCCCCCGUCCGCCUCCCCCUCCUCGUCCAGCUCGUCCUCUCCAGCUAGAGUGACAACCCCCUCCUGCCACCCUAAUGUGCCACAGCCCUCCGUCUAUAACACCCCGAUCAACCUCUACUCCAACACCAACGCCUGCGAGGCCGUCAUCGGGCAGCGGCGCGGCCUGUUGGAGAGCCAAGGGCUGUCUGAGCCCCUCAAUGGGAAGCCCAGUGCGCAGCCCGCCGAUCACGCGUCCCCGCUGAGCGACGCCAGCAAGAAGCGCCUCAUCGAGGACACGGAGGACUGGCACCCGCGGAGCGGCACCUCCCAGUCCCGCUCGUUCCGGAUGCUCGCGCAGCUCACCGGCACUGAAAACGAGCUCGCUCCAGAGAACAGUGCAAAGAACGAGGCAGUUGGCAAAACCGCUCCGGCUCUGCACACCUCGCCUGCGGCGAAGACGUUCACCAAGUGUGCAGCAUCGCCGAGGAACAACGUGGUCGCUGCUCCCGCGUUGAAGAGCUCGGCCCAGAACGCGUCUUCCUUCCAGCCUCGAGGUUCACCAGGAGCUCCUAAGGUAGGAGCCGCUCCUUCGUUUGGCAAAGUCACCAACCCGCCUCCGAAAGGUCCCGAUCGUCCCACCCCACAGCCGCAUCCACAGGACCUCAACUCCGUGGUGCAGCGAGCCGAGCACAUCCCCGCCGGGACUCGCACCCCGAUGUGCAACAAGUGCAACACUGUCAUCCGGGGCCCAUUCCUCGUGGCCAUGGGCAUGUCAUGGCACCCCGAGGAAUUCAACUGCGCUCACUGCCACUCCUCCCUGGCAGAGCGUGGUUUUGUGGAGGAGGGGGCCAACGUGUACUGCGAACGUUGCUACGAGCAGUUCUUCGCUCCGACCUGCGCCCGCUGCCACCAGAAGGUUCUGGGAGAGGUCAUGAAUGCCUUGAAACAGACCUGGCAUGUGUCCUGUUUCGUCUGUGUUGCCUGCAAACAGCCAAUCAGGGGCAACACGUUUCACAUGGAGGAUGGACAGCCAUACUGUGAAAAAGACUACUACCAGCUAUUUGGGGCCAGUUGCCACGGCUGCGACUUCCCCAUUGAGGCAGGGGACAAGUUCCUGGAGGCCCUAGGAUUCACCUGGCAUGACACCUGCUUUGUGUGUGCGGUCUGCUCUGCUAGCCUGCAAGGUCAGGCGUUCUUCUCCAAAAAAGACAAGGCUUUGUGCAAGAAGCAUGCCCACACGGUCAAUAUCUGACCUUCAUAGGUCAAAGGGGUCAUUCUACAGCCAUUUAUAUUUCAGUCAGCUGUUAAUUAUUUUCAGAUCUAACAUUGGGUACAUUUCAAUACACAGUUUGCCCCCCUCCCCCUGUCCUCCCCUGCCAGUUUUAAUGUUUCCUGCCAAUGCGCAUGUUUGUGCUGAGCUUUUUAUUUGUGCUGGAGCUUUGUUGAACUCUUGAUGGGUAACUUUGUUUCACACAGAAUAGGAUAGUUUACUGCAAUGACCUACUGAGCCCCUCGGGGGUCACAUAUUAUUAAGAAAUAAUGAUGGGGAAACGGUCUGCUAAGAGUUUAGCGAGUGACAGGUUUAGAAAUCAUGAUUAUUUAACAGUAGAUUAUUUAUUUGUAAGCAAGGUUUGCUCAGUCAACCCGGAUUCUAGCAGCAAAAAAGACUUCUGGCCGUCAGAACUCAAAAGAGUAUUUUUUUUAUUAUUACCGUGUUGGUUUUAUUGUUCUAAAACAUGUGAAGUGUAAACAUUCCGGAGUAAAAGUUAUGUAUUAAUUAGUAUGCAAAUGACACACUGUAAAGGUCAAGUUUUGGUGUUAAAACUGCGUACAAAUGAUUUUAGGCCAGUUUUUAGAGACAUCCCAAACCAUAGAUCAAUGAGGUUUAUGUACUAUGUUUUUUUUAAUGCUUUUUAUCAUGCUUCCAGUGAAUACCGCCAUAAGACUUCACUACUUCAUUAAACCUUCUGCUGGCAUCAAAUACACAGAAUUCAAAUGUUUUUGUCACUAUAGAGGAAGUGAACCCUCUUGUGUGGCAGCCUACAUGCUGUUUUUUUCCCCCACAAGUCGAAUUUGUUGAGUUUUUCUAAUGUUUGAUGGAAUUUGUUAACAUGAAACAAUGAUGAGUUUUCCUUUUUGAAACGUGUAUUGCUCUUUUAUUGAAAAAAGAUAACGCCUCUCUCUCAAACACAAAUAAAAGAGUUCAAAAAUGA